CCAAGGUUGCUUAAGAGCACAGCAGACAAGCAUCUCUUGAGUCACAUUAUGGCAGGAAAACACAAGGGGACCAAAAUGGCUCCUCUUAUUCUUACUCUUCUAGUGGUGUUAGUAUCUCAGUACUUGCCUUUACAGACUCAAGCAUCAGCCUAUACUUACUCUUCCCCUCCUCCUCCUUAUCACUAUAAGUCACCACCACCCCCUCCCCCGGUUCACUCACCACCACCACCACCCUACCACUACAAAUCACCACCACCGCCACCCCCGGUUCACUCACCACCACCACCUUACCAUUAUAAGUCCCCACCCCCACCACCUCCCAAGCACUCACCACCUCCUCCUUACCACUACAAAUCACCACCACCUCCUCCUCCUGUCCACUCACCACCCCCUCCUUACCAUUAUAAAUCCCCACCUCCACCAGUGCACUCACCACCUCCUCCAUACCACUAUAAAUCCCCACCACCACCACCUCCAGUUCACUCUCCACCCCCACCAUAUCAUUACAAGUCACCACCACCGCCAGUACACUCACCACCUCCUCCUUAUCACUACAAGUCACCACCACCACCAGUGCACUCCCCUCCCCCACCAUACCACUAUAAGUCACCACCUCCCCCUCCACCAGUACACUCCCCUCCCCCACCAUACCACUACAAAUCACCACCACCCCCAGUGCACUUACCACCCCCACCAUAUCAUUACAAGUCACCACCACCGCCAGUACACUCACCACCACCUCCUUAUCACUACAAGUCACCACCACCACCAGUGCACUCCCCUCCCCCACCAUACCACUAUAAGUCACCACCUCCCCCUCCACCAGUACACUCCCCUCCCCCACCAUACCACUACAAAUCACCACCACCCCCAGUGCAUUCACCACCACCACCAUACCACUAUAAGUCACCACCACCUCCAGUGCACUCACCACCACCCCCUUACCAUUACAAGUCACCACCUCCACCACCACCAGUACACUCCCCUCCCCCACCUUAUCACUACAAGUCACCACCACCCCCAGUGCAUUCACCACCACCACCAUACCACUAUAAGUCACCACCUCCCCCUCCACCAGUACACUCCCCUCCCCCACCAUACCACUACAAAUCACCACCACCCCCAGUGCACUCACCACCACCACCAUACCAUUACAAAUCACCACCACCUCCACCUCCAGUACACUCUCCUCCCCCACCUUACCACUACAAAUCCCCACCCCCACCACCACCAACCACCCACUAUAUCUACAGUUCACCUCCUCCUCCUCAUCAUUAUUAGGAACUUACCUAUCAAGGCCAAGUAAUGAGCUAGCCUGCCUGAGGAAAAAGAUCACUACACGGAGAACAGUAGUGGAUCGAUAAAAGCGAACAAAUGAUGAAGAAAUAAUAAAAGAAGGUCAAGAAGGACUGAUGUUACAUUAUUAUUACCUACUCUUAUGUUUUGGAUAUUUUUGGUUUUUCUGGUGUCAGCAAUUUUAUAUACUUUGUAAUUGUACGUACAUGCAUGCAAUUUGUGUAAUAAUAAAAAUCAUGCAGUUCUGUAA